GGCAAAUGCCAACCACAAACUGGUAAUCAACAAGCUAGCUACUCAGCUAGGUAGCUCUCCAACGUUUCUGUGGUGUUUUUUGAUGAGUUAAAUAAUAUUUUAACUUUAUUGUGACCGCGACCGUGGAUAUCUUGUCUGGGGAAGCAAAGACACGGCACAGUAAUUACGUUAGCACUACUACUGUACUACAAUACAAAAUACGAUGUCGUUCAGAGACUUGCGAAAUUUUACAGAAAUGAUGAGAGCCCUGGGCUAUCCUCGUUUAAUAUCAAUGGAGAAUUUUAGGACGCCCAACUUUUCUCUGGUGGCAGAAAUUCUAAUAUGGCUGGUGAAAAGAUACGAACCCCAAAUGGACAUUCCAAGUGAUGUGGACACAGAAUCUGACAGAGUUUUCUUCAUCAAAGCAGUGGCUCAAUUCAUGGCCACUAAAGCUCACAUCAAAGUGAACACCAAGCGCCUCUACCAGGGAGAUGGUUAUGCGGUGAAAGAGAUGCUAAAGAUCACCUCAGUGCUGUAUAGCGCCAUGGUCACCAAGGAAACGGCUUCUGGGGAGAAAGUAGCAGAGGACAACAGCAAAUUCAAGUUUGACCUGGCCUCAAGGAUCGCAGAGCUGAAAGCAGCUAGACAACUAGCAUCGGAGAUCACAUCCAAGGGAGCAUCUCUGUUUGACUUGCUGGGAAAGGAAGUGGAUCUGAGGGAAAUGAGAACUGCUGCUAUCGCCAGACCACUGGAGAUUAAUGAGACUGAAAAGGCCCUGAGAGCAGUCAUUAAGGAGGUUUUGGAGAAUGUUGAGAAGACCAAAGACAUGCUGAACAACGUGUCGUCAGAUGAGACCAGUCUGGAGGCCAAGAUGGAGAAGAGGAAACAGGAGCUGGAGAGGAACCAGAAGAGGCUCCAGACGCUACAGAGUGUGCGACCGGCUUUCAUGGAUGAGUACGAGAAGAUCGAGGAGGAUCUGCAGAAGCAGUACGAGACGUACGUGGAGAAGUUCCGUAACCUGAGGUUCCUGGAGCAGCAGCUGGAGGACCACCACAGACUGGAGCAGGAGAGGUUUGAGGAGACAGAAAACACCCUGAGAAUGAUGCAGCACAAAUUGCGAGAGGAGGAGAGGAGACUGAUGAAGAAUGGGGCUAAAGACGAGGACUCGGACAUGGACAUUCCAGAGGACGAGGGCUCUGACAGUGACAUGGAGGACCGCAGACCUCCUAAGCCAAGGCCGACCCGGAACAUCCCCAUAACAGGAAGAGGUGGAACCCAAAUCAUCGGCAACAUGCAGGGAGGAGACAGCGAUGAGACGGAGGACAGCGAGAUCGAUGUAGAUGAGGAUGACGAGGAAGGCGAGGAGGAGGACGAGGAGGACGACCUGGAGGAAGACAACGACAGUCUGGAAGCUGCUGCUUCCAAGCCGACACGGCCUGCCAAAGGAGCUCUCAAACCUCAGCUCCUGGAGGAGAGUGACAACGACUUCUGAG